UAAAACAGCAGCUCUCUUUAUUGGGGGUGGUGGGUAACAAGGACUUUAUAAACCUGGAGGAGUGGACAGGGUUUCGAAGACAGCCAUUGCCUGCGGCUGUGGUGCUGGGAGUGCUUUAUUUGAAUGAAGAGGAAUUCUGGGUGCUUAAACCGGUAAACUGGCCAAGAGGCUAACUGACUUCCCCAAGAAGUGAGGAUGGAUUGACUUUAGGGCUAUACAUCCUAGAGCUUGCAGGCCAAGAACAGGGAGGGAGGGCUCUUUGCUCCUGAUCUCAAGAUGAGACUUUCGUCUCAAGAUGAGAGUUUUCUGGGUUCUGGAUGCUUGCUCCAGGCUCAUUCUCCUGGGUUGCACCUCACCCCCCACACCCCCCCCCACCAAAGUCUCCACCCUUAGUGAUGAACACCCCACCCUGCCCCCCAGCAGUGAUGGACAACAAGUAGAUUGGUGAUCUGCAGCCUUCAGUGAUGACACUUAGUCUGUGAAAUGUCUAAGAAUGAUGUGGAAAUAAACAGGGCUUAAAUUUUCAGAAGCUAGGUGGAUUCUAAGGUCCAGGUGUGUCCGCUGGGCAGAUCUAGCUUGAAGAAAAAAUUAUACAAAACAAAAAGGAAGGAGCUGUUUCAAUGCAGGGAAAAGGCCAGUGUCUUUGUUCUCUGUACACCCACACCACACACAUCUAGUGCCCAUAUCCAGACGUAAGUAUAAAUGCUGUCUAGAGUGGCUGCAGGCAUCAGGGAAGCUGGCCAAAUGUUCAGUUCAAGUAUUUUAAUGGAGGGGGUCCUUGUGAUGGCAGGGAAGGUCCAAGAGUCUGAAUUUAGCAGAUGAAGCUUCCACUUCACUAGAGAUGCUGGUGAGAGGCUCUGACCGCCCCUCUUUGACAGUCUGUCCCCGGCCUAGGGAGAAUGGCUCCUUUCACUGGCUACCUUGCCUCUGGGCAGGUCAUGGUUGAGCUGAAAGUCACAGAGAGCUCCAGGGAACAGGUAGAAACAGACAUUCUGGAUCCCCCAGGGCCUUUAUCAAAUGCCGCAGUGGAGAAUGGAGUGGGUAGCGGGUAGAACUCCGUGUCAAGCUAUGUCUGGCGUGCUCAACGUCCCACACCUAAUGACUAACACUGUGGAAGGAAGAAAAGUCAAGGAGAUGUCACGGGUCACAGGCAGAGAUGUCGUGGUGACACUGUGAUUCCACGGAAAGACUGAACAUCCCUAGGGGGAUGAUACCAAGGGGAGCAUAAAGGGGGAAUGGGAGAGCUGAGCCCUGUAAGCAAAAUGGCGGGUGAUCGCAAACCCACAGCCCUUCUAGAAAGGGUGGCCUGCUGCCUGCCCCCUUCCACCACAUGUAGAUAGCAUUCCCUUUUUCAAAGGCAGAAUUAAGAGUCCUGAGCAACAUUACAAGCAGCAACCCCAGGUCUGCCUGACCCCCAGACACCACAUCUUUCUCAGUGUAGCACAUCCGUCACUGUUUAAUUCAGCGAUGACCAGCCCUUCACACACAGCUGCUCAGCCCCCUCAGGCAGGUCAUGACCCCAGUGGGAAAGGAUUCACGGAACUGGCCGCACUGACCCAGACUUAACAGAAGCAUCUCCUGGGAGAGAUCUCAGCUAGUGUCUCCUAGCCUCCAUAUCAGUAAAGCAUCUGAUUGGUCUAGUUUGGGCAUCACAAAGAACACCAAGAAGGCUGGUUUGUAAGCUUAGGGGAACGUGAGGAAUGUUCCUCUAUCCAGGACCAUAUGCACAUCUUUAACCUUGACUUCCAGAACCAGGAAGGCCUCCCAGAGAAAGUGUUUUUCACCGGGAGUCCUACAGAUUAAGAUUGCUCUGCGGACAGACCCUCAGUGUGCAGACAAAGAUCCAGGGUCCUCCAGAGUGUAGCUUGCCACAGUCAUUCCCUUGGGCCUAGUGCUCAGCCUGCCUCCACACUGAUAAGCUUCAGGAAUAAAAUCCAGUUUGCUGUGUGACCUUAGCAAUGACUUGGCCUCUCUGAAGGUCCAUCUCCUUCUCCACGUAGUGGCUCAGUCAUCCUACCCUUCCAGGACUGUGCCGGAUUCAACUCAUCCCAUCCCUGAACAUUUGUUGAACACUUCUCAGUGCUCAUGUAGUCCUGGACCUGCAGGACAUAGGCCUGUUGGGGAGAAGAAAGUGUCAGAGCCUCUAAACUGAUCUGAGGACAGAAAUCAUCAGUGAGUAGGGGAGGGACAGGUCAAGGACAGGGAGGGCUUGAGUGGCUCUCUGGUCUAGGAGGGAGAGCAUAGCUCACAGCAGGUGGGGGCCUCCUCACAACCCUCCCUUUAUUCCUUCUCCCACACUCUCCUUACCUGUUGUUAAAAUGCUAAAACUGGGUGAGCAAUGGCCCGCAGUCAUAACAACGCCCUAGGCCACAAGGCCUGGCUGCCAUCUAGAACAGGGAGACCUCUCCCCUGAAACUUUGCAACCUGAAUGACCGGUUGUGGCAAGGAAACUUUUCUCACAUAUUGAUGGCUGCAGAGAACUCUCCCUCCCCCCAUGUCACUUGCUCCUGGUGCCUUUUUCCUCCCCACAACAACCCUCCCCCAACCUCAAGUAGCCCUAGGCUCUGGCCCCACAGCACCCACUCAGCCUCGGAGGUGAGCACAUGGGGACUCUGGAGGCCAGGGAUCUCCUUGGGUGUCAGGUGGGCAGCCAGGGUCUCAAGCAGGUGGGAUUUUAGCCUGGAGAACCCAUGACCAAGGCAACUGUGUGCUGCUCCCCACCCCAACCCUGAAACCAGAUUCUGCCAAGCUUGGCGAUCCAGCCAGACUGUGUGCCCUGGCCCUCUCUCCUCCUCUAAAUGCUGCCUGAUUCUUAGGUGUCUGAGUAUCCACCAAGACUCCUUGCAUCUCCAUCUCCUCCAAACCUUCUACCCCUCACCCUCCACCUCUGCUUCUCUUUCAUUGUUAAUUUUUCCUUCCUUAGCCCUGGGUCAGCUCCAUUUCUUGGAAAACUCUGUUCUGUCCAUGUCUGUCCUAUCCCAGCUCUGCCCUUCUAUCCCGCCUGUCCCCACAUGUACACAGUGGUGGAGGGGGAGGCACAGAAUGCCCUCCAGGUCUCAUCUGGGAGCCCCUGAACCACAAGUCACGUUCAAAGGACCCCGUUGUAUUACAAUACAUAUUUUGUAUCUGGGGAAAAAAAAGUCAUUUGAAUCUCAGAGAUGUUUAAAGGUCUGUAAGAGCUUUCUUGAGGGGAGAGAUGGGUGGAAGGGGCAGACACACAACAAGGUAACAGCUCAGAUUCCUGACUCUGGAGCCCCUGCAGAAGGUUGUAGUAAUAGGUCUUCCCACCGGAGGGUUCCGUAGCUGUUACCACUGUUUAAAUGUGAAGGGCAGAUUCUGCCUCUGUUCUUCCACACAGACAGAGGGAAGCCAGCCGUGCUUGGCCUGAUGCAGUUAGGGCCCUUGUGGGUGUGUAGUACUGUCUCCUGCCUUACUGAGUCCUUGGCAGUUGGACACUGGGGACUGUUGAGAGGGUGUCUGUUAAGAUAGAUUCUUGGGAAGAAAAAAAUUCUAGAGGGGAGGAGAGGAGGGGAAGAAAACCACUACAGAUCAAAAAAGGUCACUUGCCCCAGGCUCCGCCCAGCCCUCCCCUCUCCUAAUCACAAGCGGACCUCCAGGAGACUUUCAAAGUUGCCACAUUACUGGCAACUGCUCAGCUCCUCAGGGCAAAACAGAAGGUUUAAAAAAGGAUGACCCAGACCCCGCCCAGGACACAAGAAAGGAGAAAACUCUGGUUUAAGCUGGCCUCUGAAACAAAGGACAAGAAGUCAACAACCCCUGAGGAGAAUGCUGGGGACCCUGUAGCCACAGAUUCUCUGCAGUCACUAGGUGAAAUACAGGAGCUCUCAAGAUGUUGAGGUAGAAGGGACAAAAGCUGUUCCCCUGCUCACAGGCCAGGUUAAGGCUGACCCCAAGCCAUUCUUCACUCCGACAGGAUGAGAGUGGCAGGUCUGAUUCGUGUUGUGGCUUUCAUUUUCACCGUGGUUACCAUGUGGAUCUUCCUCCGCAGCUAUACCAACUUCAACAGGAAAACCAUCCGUCUGCCACGCUGGCUGGGCAUGCCCCCCAAGGAGACCCACACCCCCAAGUUCAAGUGUGGGCUCAGCAAGAGCUGCCUGAACAACUUCUUCGCAUUUAAAAUCAGCAGUGGAGCUGCCAACGUAGUGGGUCCCUCCAUGUGCUUUGAAGAUGAAAUUAUCAUGAGUCCUGUGCGAAACAAUGUGGGCAGAGGCCUGAACAUCGCUCUGGUGAACGGAACUACCGGACGUGUGAUAAGAAAGGCCAGCUUUGACAUGUACUCUGGAGAACCCCAACCCCUGCUGGACUUCCUCACAGAAAUUCCAGAUAGCACCCUGGUGCUGGUAGCCUCCUAUGAUGACCCAGGGACCAAAAUGAACGACAAAAUCAAGACGCUCUUCACCAACCUGGGGAGUUCCUACGCCAAGCAGCUGGGCUUCCGGGACAGCUGGGUCUUUGUGGGUGCUAAAGACCUCAGGAGUAAAAGCCCGUAUGAGCAGUUCUUAAAGAACAAUCCAGAGACAAACAAAUAUGAAGGAUGGCCGGAGUUACUAGAACUGGAGGGUUGUGUUCCAAAGAAAGUAAUGUAGGAUGGCCACGGCCCUUCUCGCCUAGGGAGUUGACCAAAGAAACACCCAACUGACUUGAGAGCAGAACCCAGGAGUGCUGGGUCCAUGCUGACAGGAGCCGACUGGGAGGAAGAAAGGAGAAGCCAUAUGGGAUGCUCCAGUCAUCCCUGCACAGUGCGACUCACUUCCCCUCUAAGGAAGCAACAGUCCCCCAUGGUGAGCAGCUUUAGGACGGGCAGCCAUGGGGCCUGUGGAACCAGCUGUAGUGGAGAGAACAAGCCCCUUCAAGACUGCCCAUAGUUGUCUCCGGGAGGACUAGCUGCCUACCCUUACUUGAGCAAGAUUAAAUUCUAUUUUUGCUGA